GUGGAGUCUCACUUUGUCACCCAGGCUGGAGUGCAGUGGUGUGAUCUCGGCUCACUACGGCCUCCCCAUCCUGGGUCCGAGCGAUUCUUGUGCCUCAACCUCCCGAGUAGCUGGAAUUACAGGCGCGUGCCACCAUGACUGGCUAAUUUUGUAUCUUCAGUAGAGACGGGGUUUUUCCACAUUGGUCAGGCUGGUCUCAAACUUCUGACCUCAGAUGAUCCGCCCACCUUGGCCACCCAAAGUGCUGGGAUUACAGGUGUGAACCACUGCGCCCGGCCAGAAGUUUUUCUUGUGAGUUGAGGUGAACAUCUGAAUCCCCUCGGGGAACUGAGACCCCUCCCUGGCGAUGCCAGAUUCACUGGGCUGGCAGAUUCUGCCCCCAAACCUGUCCAACCAGUUGUUUGAGAGGAGGGGGUACCUGGGAGGGGCAGCAGGAGGUGCCAGGAACAGCUUCCCCUAGCCCAGCACAGACUACAGACGGGGGAGCCUCUGGGGCUGCAAACACUGCAGACGGACGGACAGACAGAUGGACAACAGCUGGAGGCUUGGCCCGGCCAUAGGGCUCUCUGCGGGACAGUCCCAGCUGCUAGUGUCACUGUUGCUGCUACUGACCUGUGUCCAGCCUGGGACAGAUGUGGCUGCCCCAGAGCACAUCAGCUAUGUGCCCCAGCUCUCAAACGACACCCUGGCGGGGAGGCUCACCCUGUCCACCUUCACGCUGGAGCAGCCUCUAGGCCAGUUCAGCAGCCACAACAUCUCUGACUUGGAUACCAUCUGGCUGGUGGUGGCCCUCAGCAACGCCACCCACAGCUUCACAGCCCCACGGACAAACCAGGACAUCCCUGCUCCUGCCAACUUCUCCCAGAGGGGCUACUAUCUCACACUGAGGGCCAACCGGGUGCUGUACCAGGCCAGAGGCCAGCUCCAUGUCCUCCGCGUCGGCAAUGAUACCCACUGCCAACCAACAAAAAUUGGCUGCAACCAUCCCCUACCAGGACCCGGCCCCUACAGGGUGAAGUUCCUGGUGAUGAAUGACGAAGGACCUGUGGCUGAAACAAAGUGGUCCAGCGACACUCGCCUGCAGCAAGCCCAGGCACUUCGGGCUGUCCCCGGCCCCCAGAGCCCAGGCACCGUGGUCAUCAUCGUCAUCCUGUCUGUCCUCCUGGCCGUCCUCCUCACAGUCCUCCUGGCUGUGCUCAUAUACACCUGCUUCAACAGCUGCAGGAGCACUUCCCUAUCAGGCCCAGAGGAGGCAGGGAGUGUGAGAAGAUACACCACGCACCUCGCGUUCAGCACUCCCGCCGAGGGGCUUCCUGAGGGGUUCCAGAGGGGCCCACGUGUCCCUCCACCUCCUCCCUGGCCCAGGCUGCAGAGCCUGGGCUGGGACACGCCCUGAAGCUUCUGGACCCUGAGAGAGAUUGUUUCUUUUCUUUACUUUUUUUUUUUUUUUUUGAGACGGAGUCUCACUCUGUCACCAGGCUGGCGCGAUCUUGGCUCACUGCAACCUCUGCCUUGCGGGUUCAAGCGAUUUUCCUGCUUCAGCCUCCUGAGUAGCUGGGACUACAGGCACAUGCCACCAUGCCCAGCUCAUUUUUGUAUUUUUAGUAGAGAUGGGGUUUCACCAUGUUGGCCAGGAUGGCCUCCAUCUCUUGACCUUGUGAUCCGCCCGACUCGGCCUCCCAAAGUGCUGGGAUUACAGGCGUGAGCCAUCAAGUCUGGUGAGAGAGAUUGUUUCUAGAUGAGGGUGGUGGCGGGUGUCCUUAGCCCAAAGCUUGUGCCAGUCUCUAUCAGAAAUAAAUGCCCCCAACACCUCCCUGCCUGCCCGUGACAUCAUACACCUGGGUAGUCUUUCUGCACCACUGCCCCUGGCUCCUCCUCCUGAGGAGGUCCCCAAGGGCGUGUAGGACCAGGGCAAGGCUCAGGAUCCUAGAGAAAUUGUCACCUGGGGCAGGACAGGCCUCUCUGCCAGCCUUACUGUCCCUAUCUGUAAAAUGAGGAUGGUAACCCUGAACCCACAAGGCCACAGUAAGGCUAAACCAAGGUGAACAUGCCUUGGGAACUGUGAAGACUGUGGACCCAAAGCCGGUUGCGGUGGCUCAGGCCUGUAAUCCCAGCACUUUGGGAGGCUGAGGCAGGAGGAUCACUUGAGCCCAGGAGUUCGAGACCAGCCUGGGCAACAUGGUGAAACCCUAUCUCUACAAAAAUGACAAAAAAUUAGCUGGGCUUGUUGGCGGACUGUGGACCUGAGAUAGGUGCUCCUCUUGUCCUGCCCAGACAGCCUCCUGGUAACCAAAGGCCAUGGGGCAGCAUGGCUGGCACUUGCUAUCUUUCCACCCAAGCAUCCUCCCUGUGGCUCCUCUCCCCAGCCUGCCCCCUGUUGGCUGGAGGACUUCAAGCCCUCUGCCUCCACUUCCUCCAAUCCUUUCCUAGAGUACACAAAAGGCAAAAGGCGCAGUUUCUUUUUUUUUUUUUUUUUUGAAAUGGAGUUUCACCUUAUAGCCCAGGCUGGAGUGCAGUGGCACCACCAUAGCUCACUGCAGUCUCUAAUUCCUAGGCUCCAGUGUUUCUCCCACCUCAGCCUCCUGAGAGUAGCUGGGACUACAGGCACAUGACACCACAUCCAGCUAAUUUUUAAUUUUUUUGUAGACAUGGAAUCUCACUCUGUUGCCCAGGCUGGAAAGAACAGUGGUGUGAUCAUAGCUCAUUGCAGCCUCAAACUCCUGGGUGCAAGCGAUCCUCCCGCCUCAGCCUCCUGAGUAGCUUGGACUAUAGGUACAUGGCACCAUGUCUGGCUAAUUUUUUAAAUUUCUUUAGAGACGGGGUCUCACUAUGUUGCCCAAGCUGGUCUCGAACUCCUGGUCUCAAGUGAUCCUCCUGCUGGGAUUACAGGCGUGAGCCACUGUGCCCAGCUCAUGCAACACUUAUCAUCAGGAUUCCCACUCAGUGCUCGGACCCCAGGGGCCAGAGAUGCCUGCGGCAAGGUUCUGCCCUCAAGGUGCCCACUGCUUUAGGGGGAGGACAGUGAUACUACCACAUUCGAGAGAAGGAGAGGACACAACUGUCAGGGAGAUGGACUGUUUGAGCUUCAGAGGCAGCAUCUUGGGGAGGGGUGGCUUUGAAGAAGGAGCAGGACACUUGGGCCAGGUGGACCUUGGAAGGGUGCCAGGCAGGAGGAGCAAUGUGUUGCUGAUGGGCAGGUAGGGGAGGGUGAGGGAUGGAGAGGAGACCGGAAGACACCCUGUGCCAUGUGGAGGGGCCCCACCCUCUGGGGCAAGAGGUCAGGGAGGAGGGCGCUGGCUGGGUUCCCAGGCGCCUGCCCCUGAGAGGUGCAAAUGGCCCUAAUGGGGUUAUUAGGUGGAGCAGAUGCAUCCGGCUCCUGCUGUGGAGGAAAUGCUCAAAUGAUCUUGAAGCUACCAGGCUGGGAGAGGCAGGCAGGGGAUGGGGCAGACAGGCUGCCAACCUCUGUGAGAUAAGCCCUGGCCUCUCCAGAACCUUUUCAGAACAGCUGAGCCCCAACCCUGGGGCUGAGUGACCCAAGACAGAUCACUCACACUCCCUGGGCCUCAGUUUCCCCUUACAUAAAAAGCAAUGGUUAGGCCAGGUGCAGAUGGCUCACACCUCUAAUCCUAGUGCUUUGGGAGGCCGAGGUGGGAGGAUUGCUUGAGACCAAGAGUUCAAGUCCAGCCUGGGCAACAUAGCAACACCCCAUCUCUACAAAAUAUAAAUACAAAAAUUAAGGCCGGGCAUGGUGGUUAAGGCCAGGCGUGGUGGCUCACACUUGGAAUCCCAGCAUUUUGGGAGGCAGAAGCAGGAGGAUCACCUGAGGUCAGGAGUUUGAGACCAACCUGGCCAACAUGGUGAAACCCCGUCUCUACACAAAAUACAAAAAUUAGCCAGCCAUGGUGGUGCAUGCCUGUAAUCCCUGCUACUGUGGAGGCUGAGGCAGGAGAAUCACUUGAACCCAGGUGAAGGAGGUUUCAGUGAGCCCAGAUCAUGCCACUGCACUCCAGCCUGGGUGACAGAGAACAAGACUGUCUCAAAACAAAACAAAAGAAAAAUUAGCCAGACAUGGUAGUGUGAACCUGCGGUCCCAGCUACUAUGGAGGCUGAGGUGGGAGGAUUGCUUGAGCCCAGGAGUUGGAGGCUGCAGUGAGCUAUGAUGGCACCCCUGGACGCUAGCCUCUGUGACAGAGCAAGACCCUGUCUCUAAAAUGAAACAUUUUUAAAAGGGAAGGUGAACUGGGUGAACUCUAAGACCCUGCAUUUCACAAACCCUUGCCCACACCCUGUAUGCGUCGGGCCCUGGCAGGAAACAGAUGGUACGCUGUCUCACAGGGCAAUUGAGAGUGUUUACAAAGGUGUGGGCGCAUUGGGGGAAUAGACCAGAGAGGGUGACCUGGGACUUGGCUGUAAUGGGGCCCUAAGCACUCCUGGAUCUGAUUGCUGAUGGGAGGGAGGGAGUGAUGUUUCCGGAUCAGCAGGCAGUAGCCAUGGGUGAGGGGCCCCGCAGGAGCAGGGGUUAUAGGUGAAAGGAUGAAGCCACCAGAGGGAACUGGGCUCUGUCUUCCCGCCCCCUGGUCUCAUGCCAGUGCCUCCACUGGCCACACCUCACGAGAAGCAAGAGAGUGUGGGGUCUCAGUGGUGCAGUACCUGGAGGCCAAUCUGCUGGGUCAGAGCAGGACAGAGAAAGCGAAAUGGACAUACAGAGGCACACGCCGCUUUCAUGCUGAUCCAGUGGAAUUAGAUCCUUCCUGUUCUUUCUUUUCUUUCUUUUUUUUUUUUCCUUUUUUAGAGAUGGGGUCUCUGUUGCCCAGGCUGGGGUAUGGUGGCAUCUUCAUAGCUCACUGUAGCACUGAACUCCUGGGCUCAGGCGAUCCUCCCACCUUGGCCUCCCAAGGUGCUGGGAUUACAGGCACUACAGGCAUCUAGCUAACUUUCUUUCUUUCUUUCUUUCUUUUUUUUUUGUAGAGGCAGGGUCUCUGUCACCCAGGCUUGAGUGCAGUGGCACGAUCAUAGCUCACUGCAGCCUUGAACCCCUGGGUUCAAGCAAUCCUCCCACCUCAGCCUCCCAAGUAGCUGGGAUUGUAGGUAUGUGCCACCACCCAGCUAAUUUUUUUAUUUUUUGUAGAGAUGGGGUCUCGCCAUGUUGCCCAGGCUAGUUUGGAACUCCUGAGCUCAAGAGAUGCUCCCACCUUGGCCUCCCAAAGUGCUGAAAUUAUAAGCAUAAGCCACCAUGCCUGGCCUCCCUUCCUGGCCUUCUGGUCUCCAGACUGGAGAGAGGGCCACAAAGUCCUGCCCAGACAGAGGGCUGCUAAGGCUGGGGUGGGGCUGGGGGUGUGCAGAAGGGACUCUGCAGGGGCUGACCUCUGAGUCUCAGGGGACAGGGCAAAUUUUUUUUUUUUUUUUUUUUUUUUUUUGAGAUGGAGUCUUGCUCUGUCGCCCAGGCUGGAGUACAAUGGCACAAUCUCAGCUCACUGCAAUCUCCGCCUCCUAGGUUCAAGUGAUUCUCAUCUCUCAGCCUCCCGAGUAGCUGGGAUUACAGGAGUGCACCACCAUGCCCAGCUAAUUUUUGUAUUUUUAGUAGAGAUUGGGCGGGGUGGGGGGUGGGGUGCGGGUUUCACCGUGUGGCCCAAGCUGGUCUGAAACUCCUGACCUCAAGUGAUCCUCCCGCUUCAGCCUCCCCAGGUGCUGGGAUUACAGGCAUGAGCCACCGCACCCAGCGGGGACAGGACAAUUUUGCCAGCUGGAGAAGGGGUGGCCCCCAAAUGUCCCCUUCACCACCCUCCUGCUUCUUCCUUCAGAACACUUUUUCCCUGAAGCCCUCCUGGGUAGCUCCCUACCCACAUGCAUCAGCAUUGGGAUGUGGGGAGUGUGGGGGUCCCCCUUGCUCCUCAGCCCCAUUUGGAGUAAUGUCCUGUGCAGCUGAGCUCACAACUCCUCCUCCACCUGUCCCUCCACCUGGUGUCACUGGCAAUUGCUCACUUCCUGGGCCUGCACCCACUCAGGUCCCCUAUCCCUGGGCACCAGCCUCAGCCAGCUCCCAUGUGGACUAAUGACCCUUGUCCCUCCCCUCAGCUGCCUCUCUUUUUUCUUUUUUUUUGUUUUUGAGACAGAGUCUGGCUCUGUCACCCAGGCGGGAGUGCAGUGGCACGAUCUUGACUCAUUGCAACCUCCACCUCCUGGGUUCAAGCGAUUCUCAUGCCUCACCCUCCUGAAUAGCUGGGAUUACAGGCACCCGCCACCAUGCCUGGCUGAUUUUUGUAUUUUGGUAGAGACAGGGUUUCACCAUGUUGGCCAGGCUGGUCUCGAACUCCCGACCUCAGGUGAUCCGCCCGCCUCAGCCUCCCAAAGUGCUGGGAUUGCAGGCGUGAGGCAGCUCGCCCGGCAACCCUCAGCUGCCUCUCAUAUGUCCUUGGCCCCCUGGCCAUCUCUGACCAGACAUCCAGGAGGCCCCUCCUGCCAAUAUGCUUCCCCGACAGCCGAGCCCAAAGCUGCUUCCAGCCCUGCACCUUGUCUUGGUUCCCUGGGUGCUCCCUUUCCCAGGCUGAAGCCUGGACAGCCCCAGGCAACCUCUCUCCCUGACCACAGUACCACCCGGCCACAUGCCACACUGCUUUCUACAGCAGACACCGCCUGGCCACAAAGACUUAAGCCACUUCCUUGGGUCCUGCUCAGUGCUGAGCCCAGAGCCCAAUCUCAGGGACUGGGAGAGAGCCCAGUACAUGGCCAGUGGGAUUCUCCCGAUGAAAAUCCCAGCCAUGCGAGGCUGGCUUCUCCAGGUUCUCUGGGGCCUGUGAGUCCAGGGCUGGCUGGAGGGAAAGCCCCUGGCCCCUUAAAGCCACAGAUCAUGUUCCCAGAGAGGGAUCCUGAGAAUCCCCUGGGAGAGAAAAUGUCGGAGCCCCAGUCCUGGCACCCCCCUGACCGGCUUGGGCCUCAGCCUCCUCAUCCGUGAAAAGAAUGGACAAGAGGGGUCUGGGUGCAGUGGCUCACGCCUGUAAUCCCAGCACUUUGGGAGGCCGAGGCAGGUGGAUCACGAGGUCAGGAGUUCAAGACCAGCCUGGUCAACAUGGCAAAACCCUGUCUCUACUAAAAAUACAAAAAUUAGCCGGGUGUGGUUGUGCACGCCUGUAGUUCCAGCUAUUUAGGAGGCUGAGGCAGGAGGAUCACUGGAACCCGAGAGGCAGAAGUUGCAGUGAGCUGAGAUUGUGCCACGGCACUCCAGCCUGGGCAGUAGAGCCAGACUCCAUCUUAAAAAAAAAAAAAAAAGGAGGGACAAGAGGCACCAGAAGCUCCUGUCCAGGUCUGGGCCUCCCUCGGGUCACUCAGUUCUCCCCCAUUCAUUCAUUCAUUCAUUCACUCACUCACUCACUCAUUCCCACACUCUGCAGCCACUGACUUCAGCUAGCCAUGCUGGAUGCUAAGACAUAGAGUCCCGGCCAUCAAGGCCAGUCCAUCUCAGUGGCAUCUAGACAUGCACAGAGAUGACCAGGGAGCCCUUGAGGGACAGAGAGGCACACCCUGCCUCCUGAUCCCAUCUGGGGGCUGCAUGAAGGAGGGGCACAGGUGUGGCCUUGAAGUCUGGGUAAGGGGCUGGGAGGGCUUUAGGGGCAUUCCAGGGGGCAGGCACAGAGCUGGAGGCUCUGCCGGGCACACCCACAGGAGAGCAAUGGCUGGAGGGUGACAUGGACUGCAGGGUGUGGCCGCGGCAGCCCAGCUCUUAAGGGGACAGCCUGGGAAAACAGACUUAGGGACAAUGAUCUUGAGCCAUGAAAUGAUGUCCAAUGCCCCUCGUGCCACCUGACAGCCUGAUUAAUGAACAAACAGAAGAGGAAGCAGGGGACCUGUGUGUCCCUCUCUCUGCUUUUCUGUCUUUCUCCGUGCCCCCUCUCUUAUGUCUCUCACGCUGUCUCUUGUCCUUGUUUUUAACUCUGACAUGCCGUGGGAACUCAGCUCACUUCCUAGGGGGAAGCUGUCUGGACUGGCCCAGAGAUGGGCACCACCAUUUCCCAAUAAACACAAGAUAAAAUCAGAGAGCUGGCGUCAGUUCCACGGCUGGACUCAGUGGGGAAAAGGGCAAAAAGCAGCAGAAAUAAGAGCAGGGAAAGAACAGGGGCUGGGUGCGAUGGGUCCCAUCUGUAAUCCCAGCGCUUUGGGAGGCCUAGGUGGGAGGAUCGCUUGAGCCCAGAAGUUCAAGACCAGCCUGGGCAACAUACGGAGACCCCCAUCUCUAAAAAAGUUUUAAAAAUUAGCUGGGCAUGGUAGUGUGCAUCUGUGGUACCAGCUACUCAGGAGGCCGAGGUGUGAGGAUCGCUUGAGCCCAGGAGGUCAAGGCUGCAGUGAGCUAUGAUUGCAUCACUGCACUCCAGCCCGGGCACAGAGCAAGACCCUGAGACCUUGUCAGAAAGAAAUAAAGAGAGAAAGAGAGAGGAGAGAGAGAGUGAGAAAGAAAGGGAGAGAGAGAGAGAGAGAAAGAUGAAAGAAAGAGAAAGAAAAGAAAGGAAAGGAAGGAAGGAAGGAGAGGGGAAGGAAGGAAGGAGAGGGGAAGGAAGGAAGGAGAGGGGAAGGAAGGAGAGGGGAAGGAAGGAAGGAGAGAGAGAGGAAGGAAGGAGAGAGAGAGGAAGGAAGGAGAGAGAGAGGAAGGAAGGAGGGAAGGAAAGGGGAGGGGAGGGGAGGAGAGGGAGAAAAGAAAGGAAAAAGAACAAGUGGAUAUCAGGGGACAGAAACCAUUCGCAGCCCAUCCCUCGGCAGAUGCAGAGGGAGUCAGCCUGGAACCCUCACCCCUGCUGGCUGUGCCCCACCGCUGUCUCCACACCCCAGCCCUUCCUCCAGACACCCAGCCGUCCACUGCAGCAGGAGCACAGGUGCCCCAAGGGGACCACUGUUGGAAACCAGGCAGCCCUCCACUCGCCCACACAGUGUGUCUCCGCACCCCCUCUUUGACAUGGGAGCCGGGGCGCUCUUGGAAAUAAGAGUUUACCUGAGGGGUCUGAAGACUUGGGCAGUGGGGGGCUGUGAAGCCUCGGGGAGGGAAUCAGCUUGUCCAAGAGUCUGGGGCAGCGAGUGGGCGGGGGCUACCCAGUCUGACCCCAUCAAAGUAACCUUCCUGGGGGAUAUUUCCAUUGCAGGGUCACAAAAAGGCAAGGGCUAUGGUUUGAGAGAGGGGUCUCUCUGGGGUCCCAGCCACCCUGCUGUGGGGGCCCUUCCCAAGCAGGACACUCCAGGCAAAGGGGAUGGCUUCCCCUUGCUCCCAGGACCCAUAGGUGAGGUCCUGGCUGAAAUGCAGAUUGUCCCCAGAUGCCCCUGGGGACUUGUAGGGAUUUGGGGGAUUCAGUGUUACAGGAGCUGGAACCCCUGCUUGCUGGAUGGGUUUGAGCAGUGCUGUCAGGCCCAAGGCUCCUGGGUCUCCAGGAUGGUGCAUGAGGGCUCACACCAGCUGCUCCCUGCCACCCUUCCCCCACCUCCCACCCCUUUUCCUGGAGCCCCAGUCCUCUGGUCCUCCAAGCUCAGCUUCAAAUGCUUCCACCACUUCUGUCUCUUCUACCUUGAGUGGUUUGUCAACCUCCAAAUCACACGGAGUUCAAGAAUAUCUCAAAUAUCGACCAGGUGCGGUGUCUCACACCUGUAAUGCCAGCGCUUUGGGAGGCCGAGGCAGGUAAAUCACCUGAGGUCAGGAGUUCGAGACCAGCCUGGCCAACUUGGUGAAACUCUGUCUCUACUAAAAAUACAAAAAUUAGCUGGGCGUGGUGGUGGGCGCCUGUAAUCCCAUGUACUUGGGAGGCUGAGGCAGGAGAAUCUCUUGAACCAGAGAGGUGGAGAUUGCAAUGAGCCAAGAUUGUGCCACUGCACUCCAGCCUGGGCAACAGAGUGAGACUCUGUCUCAACAACAACAACAACAACAACAACAACAACAAAAAGAAUAUCUCGAAUACAAAAAUUAGCUGGCCGUGGUAGUUUACACCUGUAAUCCGAGCUACUCAGGAGGCUGAGGCAGUAGAAUCUCUUGAACCUGGGAGGCAGAGGUUGCACUGAGCUGAGAUAGCGCCACUGCACUCCAGCCUCGGUGACAGCAAGACGUCAUCUCGAAAAAAAAAAAAAAAAGUAUAUCGAAUACAGAUGGGCUUCUGAAAAAUGAGCCCAUCUACAGAUCUUCUGAAAAACCCCUUCUUUCUCCAACAUUGUAAUGUUUAUCCAAGGCUACAUUGGUUAUCAUCCUUGCAACUUGGGUUCAAAAAGUGGCAGAAACUCUUCAGAUUCCAGGAACACCUAUGUGAAAUCCUUAUUAAAUUGUUUCUGACCAUGUGAAAGGUGAAAUCAGCCAUUCUUGGCAAUUCAUGUGCGUAUAGAAGUGUCUGAUGUUCAUAUUAUAACGGAAUUAUGUAGUUCUUUAAGCUCUCUUGAUGCUCACGUUGUAACUGAAUUAUGUAGUUCUUUGAGAUUUUCCCUUGUGGGGAAGAUUGAUUAAACAUGAAAGAUGCUAGAGGUGGAUCAAGAAUGACCUUGCAAUAGUCCAAAUUUGAAGAAAUGAGGACCUGAGCUAGGCCAACAGCAGUGGAAAAGAGGAGGACAAGCAGAUGGAUCCUCAAAGUCAAAAUGGUAAGAUAAGUCAUUGAUGGGACCUAGAAGUGAAGAGAGGAGCCAGGCCUGAAUGACUCAGGAAUCAGGUAGGAGGGCUCUGGGGGAAAGAAAUUGAGUCCGUUUUGAACAAGCUGAGUUUUAGGUGCUGCGCAUCAUUCUCGUGGAAAUACACAACAGACCUUUGGGAUUUGUCUGGAGGUUAGGCCCAAGUUGGAGCUAGAAGCACAGAUUUUGGCAUAGAAUCAUAUGCAUUAAAAUCUCUUCUGGUGGAAAGAUAUUUUACUAUAUUACUCUUCCUCCAGCAAUCAAUCCGCUGCUUUGAGACUUACAGUCACUAUUACAUUUUGAAAGUCCAUGUACUCAGCUAGCCACUUCUCCUUCUGUCUUCAAACCACCUCCCCUGCUCUUCACCCUGCACCCACCUGCCUGCAGAAUCAUUUCACCUCCCUUCCUCAAGCUCCAAUCCUCCUAACUCAAAUGUUAAGGGACAGGCACAAAUUAUUUGUUUUUCCUGUUUUGCAUGACUCAUUACUAAAUGCCCUUUAGGUAAAAUUCCACCCAGUUUUUGUGAUCCUGCAGUAGAGCCAGACAGUCUACAAGCUCCGCUAUUUUCCACGAUGAUUACUAUCGUUCCCCUUUUUUCUUUAAAAAAAAAUUUUAAAACACAAAUCCAGGGCUGGUUUCUCCUCAUCGUUUUCCCAUCCUGCCUUGCCCUCCUAUCACCAACACCAACUCCCCUGGUUUUCAGAGAGAACUGUUCGCUUGGGCCAGAGUGUGAGAGGAUAUUCCUUCUCAAAAUGAAAGCCCUCGUCAUUUUGAGGUAAAAUGCCUUUCUAGACAGAGCUGUAUGACUUUCUGAAAGAGGGCAUUUAUAGAACCUCAAAUAGAUGAAUCGUUUUCUUUCAAGCAGGGAAAUGUAUUUUACUCUUCUUGCUUCAACUGGGAUUGAGCCCAUUCAUUUCAUUUUUUAUGCUCUCCUGUUUUAUUUAGAAAUGAUCUAUUCAUCCCAACCCAAUUGAAGAAAUAUAGAUAACUCAGGAAAAAAAUUGCCAUAUUAUUCACAUGAGAAAUAUAGAUGCUCCCACUGAAUAUUUUCAUGGCUCCAUUUCAUUUGAGCUAUAUAAACCUGGCCUAAAAAAUUCUCUUUUAUUGUUAUACUCUAAGAAGGCAGUGUCAUCCCUGGAGUGAGUGAGACCCAGAUUCUAAUUGCAGCUGCUCCCAGGCCUCUUGGACAAGGCAUUUAACCUCAGUUUUUUCACCUGAGAAUGGGAAUAAUAGAAUCUAUUUUUCAAUGUGUUGUGGGGUUAAGUGUGGUAAUUUGUGUUGGGUAUCUGGCACAUACUAUGUUACAUGGUAAAUAUUAUUACAUGUAUAAAAAUCAUCUUUUGCAGGAAUCUUUUUGCAUCUCUAAUAAUGUUGAUGUAGGCCACUCUGCUAGCCUAGCAGAAGGAUGCUCUGAAAACUCCUUAUUUUCAGAUUAGCACUGCUUCUGUUACAAAUUACAGGAGGUUUUUAAACUGUAACAAAAUAAGGACAACAUCAGUGUGAGAAUACUAGAUUCUAGCAAAAAAAGUCACCUCAUUAUAAAUUGAAAUGUCUUUUACCUAUUUUGUAUUAUUAGCACAUAUCCAUUUCUAUGAUAAAUAUCUGUACAGAGGCAAAGUAUGAAAAGCUGCCGAAGUGCUGCUCCUGCCUUUUGGCUCCUAGAAGUCUUCCCUUCUUGGUUCUCUUCACAGUGAUAUUUAGUAAUGACUUCACUGAGACGAGCUUCCUGACAGAUCCCCAAGUCCUGCUUCCUUGUGUCGUGUGCACCAGAAAUUCUACUCAUGCUUACCCACUAGUUUCUCCAGUGGGCCCAGGCAGAAGCACUGUGUGGCAUUCAGGAGACAGGUGGACUCAAAGUCCUUAGAUUAUCUCAUCCCCUAAAAAAGGAGAAAACUGUGGGGCAGCCCACAGCAUGGAGUGACAGGAAAAUUGUGAUCAACCAUCCAGCCUUCUCAGCCUUUUUUGUUUUUUGUUUUUGAGACAGAGUCUCACUCACUCUGUUGCCUACGCUGGAGUGCAGUGGUGCGAUCUUAGCCCACUACAACCUCUGCCCCGCCCCAGGUUCCAGUGAUUCUCCUGCCUCAGCCAGCUGAGUAGCUGGGAUUACAGGUGUGAGCCAUCAUGCCCAGCUAAUUUUUGUUUCUGUUUUUGUUUCUCGAGAUGGAGUCUCACUCUGUUGCCCCAGCUGGAGCGCAGUAGCACGAUCUUGGCUCACUGCAACCUCUGCCUCCCGGGUUCAAGCUAUUCUUGUGCUUCAGCUUCUUGAGUAGCUGGGACUAGAGGCACGUGCCACCACACCCAGCUAAUUUUUUGUAUUUUUUUUUAGUAGAGAUGGGGUUUCACCACAUUGCCCAGGCUGGUGUCAAACUCCUGACCUCAAAUGAUCUGCCCACCUCAGCCUCCCAAAGUGCUAGGAUUGCAGGCAUGAGCCUCCAUGCCCAGCUUCAUUUCUUUCCAUUUUAAAAAAUUUCUUUUUCCUCCCCAGGCACAAGGCAUUUCACCUUGGGUCACAUUUCACCAACCCAUCCAAAGCUACUUUCAAGAGAACCCCAAUGAAGUCUUUUGCUAUGAGUUGCAAAAGACUGAUUUGUACGUAUAGGUGUUUCUCAACCUAAGGAUAUUUGCAUGAUUGCAGAGGACAAUGCCCAUGUUCCAAUUUAAGCAGAAAAAUGACCUAAUUAUGAAAUGGAUUCCUAUAAUCAGUUGAUUAGAUUCCUGGUUUCCACUUACUGACCCAGUUUCUGUCUGUAGUAAAGUUAUACAAGCUCUUCUGGAACCUAUUUAUAUCUUUAACAAAUCCCUUGAGCUAAUAGCUAUGUAAUUUCAUGACAAAGUGUAAGAAAAAACAUUUUUUUCACCCACAACUAGGGUAACAACUCCCCUAUUAGAAAUUUCUCUGUCCAGCAACUUAGCUCUUUGUAGCAGUUGAGAAUCAACACACAAGCAAAUAAUAAUAAUAAUAAUAUAAAAAUGGUUAAAUCUUUGUCAAAAUGUCAUGUACAUUAUUUAAAGGAGAGAAAUCACUUAAGUUCUGACCCAGAUCCAACCAGAUUAGUUAUCUGGUUGCAAAAGCAUGGAAGAUUGUAAUUAACAAGUAACAAGAGAAAAAGGUGCUUUUAGAAGCAGACCCAAGGACACCUGAGACCCUGCCUAUCAGAAUGGGAAGAUACAGAACAGAAACAUACAACAGAGAGACAGAACAGAGGUUCAGAGAGACAGAACCUCUAGGCCUGGGAGCUUGAAGCAAAGGGUGGAGGUCAUCCAAUAGAAAGAGAGCACCAGCACAGAGACUCAGACCUGGGCCAGCAGGAUGGGGGAGGAUCUAGAGGAAAUGAGGCAGGCGAGUGGACCAGGGUGAGGCAGGCAACUGGAAUAGACCCCACCCCAGCCACAGAUCUCAGGGAAAAGAGACAGAGUGCUGGACCCAGGAAUUCAUGUGGUGGGCCCACUCGCCCUGGUAUGCAGGAUGAGGCAAGCCUUUAGGAUAGAGCUGGCUGUCUUGGGAGGUCGGAAGAUUAAAGGUCGGAGGAGGCUGUCAGACUGGAAGGAAUUGUAGCUUGCAGGUUUUCAGGGAAAGAACUCAAGCAAGAGCAAAUGUGAUCAUAACCCAGUUUGAAGAGGCUGGUUGCCACCUAGAGCCUUAGAAUAGGGCACUAAGUCAGAAAAGCUCGAAUGUACUGUUUAUCUGACAGGGCAAAGCUCCUCAGGUGGAGAUCCUCAAACACCCCAGAAACGGGACUGGGGGCAGACAGCCAGGCAGGUCACACUAUGACUAAUUGAUCUUCAUAAUAAUACCCUGGAGUCAUCAAGAAAAUGAGGAAUUUCAUUAAGUAUAGGAAGGCACAAAAAAUUAUUGGUGUGGAAAGGUAAUGAAUAAUAUAUCAUGUAGUUUUUAAAAAGUGAAUUUAAAAAUUACCUUUCCCCAAAAAGUACUUAUACUGUGCUCCUAUUGUUAUUAAUAUGUGCAUUGCCAAGGAGAACUGCAAGAGGACAGGUACCAAAAUAUUAGCAUUGUAAUCUCUGGGAUUGAUGUGGUUUUAAUUUAAGUUUUAUUUGCUUGUCUUUACAAUUUUCUACAACAAACUUGUACUUUGUGUGUAACAAACGUAAUAAAUGUUAAAA